UAAUAAAGUGUACACAAUGAAGGCGUCUCAUGAUCAAAACAAAUAUGGCGUCACUUUGUGUGAAUGGAAAAAUGUUUUGAUAGAAUGUCCUUGACCUAUCGUCGUGGAGUGAAAACUUAUCAUAAUUAGAGAAUAGCAUCUGUGUUAUGCGACAUUCACGUUGGGAUGUAAAAGGGGAGCAGCAGGAUGGGCCUAAGGACCAGCCAAGAAGGUGGAAUAAUGGUUCAUCUCAAAUGGAUUGGAAUAUGAGAACCGAUGCUGAUGCUCAUCCCAGACUCUCAUCACCACCUCGUCAUAGACCAUCACUGCUUGGCACUCCACCACGACUCAGAAGGACUCCUUCUCCCAUAGACUAUCGUAGUGAAAGCAGGCGGCAACAUGAUAAUCAGCAAAGUGAUGGUGUCUCUCAAAAUGUAGGACCACCUCAUAGCUCUCAGCAGUCUUCGAUGGGUCCCCAUCAACCCAGUAUGCUGGGUCAUGGGCCGCCCUUGCUGAACUCUCCCAACAUUUAUGCUGAGUCAGAUCAGGGUCAUCACCCACUUGCACAAUACCCAGCAAGGCUCUGGGGCCAGAAUCAUCCAACUUAUUAUGCAGGGGAAACAGGACAGUAUAUAUUUGACUUGAAAUGGUGGGCACAACAGAAGCAGUCUAUGGAUGCCUAUUUAGGUGGUCCUUGUUGGAGAAAUGAUAAUAAGAAUGCCCACCAAAGCCAAUUUCCACAGUGGUCAUUUGGUACUCGGGUUAUGAAGAACUAUCCAAAAAGGAACAACGGUAACAGUAACACCAGUGCCAACCACAGAUCUGGAAGUAGAGGUCAUCCCCAUGAAAGCAGUUUUAGUGGACAAAGACAUGACACUCAUUAUGAUCAUGUAGAUCCCAGACGUCGUCAUUCCUCCUCCUCUCAUCGUGGCCAGAAAAACAGAGAUGGUGUGUAUGAUGACCCCGAAGAUGCUGAAACCCAUCGCAGACCAUCGUCCCUGUCUCUUCAUGGGCAUAAGAGUCGCGAUAAUUUACAAGAUUUGCAAAGAAGGGCUGGGACUGAUUUUAGAGAAUUUAGGAAAAUUCAUCCCUCACAUCAGCCAGUUAAAGAUACAUGGGGGAGUAAUGAAAAUGUUUUAGAAAAGGGGAGAGGGAGUAGAAAUGGGAAAAAGACAAAACAGAAACAGCCAGUAAGUCGAUUUGAAAGUGGCCUCGCACGUGGCUUGAAAGGUAGUGAUUCAGGUAAAUUACUGAGAUCAAAUACUGGCCAUGGUAAGAUUCCGAAGUCUUUUGGUAAUGGUGCUAUGCCUGUAGUCAUGCAGUCUAGAUUUGAUAUAUCCAGAAAAAUUAAAAACAAGCUCAAAGGGAAGCGAAUGAAGGCAGAUGAGAGCGCUACCUAUGCUGAAGCUGCUAAAAAGAAAGCACUUGCUGCUGCUGCUAAUAAACUUCGAAAAACUUUUCUUGCUGCGAAAAAGAAAAAAGUGGGUGGAGAGUCCUCAUCUAUAGAUGAUGAGGAUGAUGAUGAUGGAGACUCUUGUGAAAUGGAGGAAAAUAAUGCUCAAGAUUUAUCCAUGCCUCGACGACAACCUAGUUGCCUUGAGUUUGAUAUUGAUAUUAGAUUUAGUGCUAAAGAGUGGGCGUCAGUUGGCCGUGGCCAAGGGGGAACCAGUAACAUUCUUGGAAUGCCACAAGGACCAUCAUCAUCGAAAAAGCAUGGUAGUACCGCAGACAAAAAUAUUGGGUUAUUAGGGGGGUCAAGUCAUGGCUGUGAUAAAGAAGGAGAGGAGCAGGAAGAUUCUGGAACAUACUCAGACUCUGACCUAGGGAGAGCGAACCAUCACUGGUCCAGUAUUUCUUCUCAUUCCUUUCCACGCAGACGACAUCUCUCGGAGAGCUCCGGUGUAAUGGAUUUGAGAAAAAAUCCAAAUAUUGCACCUUUUGCAUCCAGACCAGGACCAGGAAGAGUAAGGUCCUGUUCUCUGAGUGUUGUGGAAGGAGCAAGUUCAUCAAGAGAUGAACGCAGUUGUUCUGCUGGCAACAGGACCGCAUUCAUGAAGUUCAGUUUUAUGCCAAAACUUAAAAGAAUAAUGUUGAAGCAGCUUCUCACAAUGGAUAAAAAAUCACUGCAGGAGCUUGUAGAUGAUCCCAGAUCAAGGAAAGCUCAAUUUAUGAUGACGCAUCUUAUGUCAGAGCAUCGUGCAGCUCUUUCCCAGCGAUUAAGUCAACAGAGGUUCAAAACAACUGAAGUAAUACCGGAUGAUGAGCUUCAAUUGCUGAAUAGUUUGGAAUCAUCUCAGCUGAAUUCAUUCCCAUCAGAUGUUGUCCAGCAGGUACGGGAAAUAUUGGCAAUGGAGCAGAGUGGUGAUGGAAGCACUUGGGAAGAAGUGUCACUCUCAGUCAAUGAUCUCCUGAAUGCUGAUUCAGAUCCAGACUUGGACUGUCAGAUCAUUUCCCCACCUCCUCGUGACCCAACCUCUACUAUCACAAUUCAUGAUUCUGAUUCAGAAAUGGAGGAAGUUUUGCAGAAUGAAGAAGUCAGGGAACAUGAUGAUGAUGAGGUGGAAGAGGAAGAGGGAGAGGAAGAAGAAGACGAUGAUGAUGAGGAGGAGGAUGAAGAAGUUGAAGAUGAGGAAGAGCCAGAAGAAGUACCUGAAGUACCUGAUGUGUGCUCAGCUGUAAAGAGCACCAUCACAAAAAUGGAGGCUUCUACUCCUGAUGCAAAAGCAAGUGAGCCAUCCUUAGAUAUUAUGCCUCCUGUGCCUGUUGAGGUGUCUUUAUGUGUGAUGGAUCCUAUUGGUGCUGUACCAAGCAGUAGCCGGGAAAUGGCAGAACAAGUAACAGAUAAAAUCAACAUGAUGAGCCCUACACCAGUAGCUGUAAGUCCUCAAAGGCCACCAGUGCCAGAGGUCCCUGUUCCUGGCCCUAGUUCCAUACUCAUCAAUCCAGGUGGACUCAAGGUUAAGGAAGAACGACCAUCCCCUGUUAGUGAGUGUGGACUUUGCAUGCACAAUCCACGAACACCUCAUACCUCGGAAUGUCUAUACCCUUUUGGUGUGGCUCCUCCUUCACCAGUAGCAUUGAUGCCAGGGCCACCACGACCUUUAGGAACAACUCCUCCACAAAGACCAGUGCCACACCUUCCAUCAUCUGCUCCACAACCACCAACAGUUCCAUUAGCAACAUCACUUUACCAGAGAUCUAUCAAACAAGAAAAGCUUGAUGGUAUGUUGCCAGGUAAUGUUAUUGUGCUGUGAACUUGGGUAACAUAC